AUGGGUAUCUGGGACGCCUUUUCCGAGAUUGUCGAGGCCGUGACGCCUUGGAGCGUCGUUGAGGCCGAGGCCCCGGCCGCGGAGCCCAAGGAGGAGCAGCCCGCCGCGGCCGAGACCAAGGACGACGAGUCGCCCGCCGAGGACGCCGCCGAGGAGGCUACCGAGGCUGAGGAGGCCCCCGAGGAGGAAGAGGAGGAAGAGGAAGAAGAGGAGGAGGACGAGGAGGAGAUUGUCGACCCCAAGGAGACGCUCGAGGAAGAGUGCAAGAACUCUGCCCAGUGCGCCCCCGCCAAGCACCACUUCGACGAGUGCGUCGAGCGCGUCCAGCAGCAGGAGAGCGAGGGCGAGGCCAAGGAGGACUGCGUCGAGGAGUUCUUCCACCUCGCCCACUGCGCGACCGCCUGCGCCGCCCCCAAGCUGUGGUCUAAGCUGAAGUAA